CUGACCGCCACUCAUAUCAACCGCGCUUCACCAAUGGGCAAGCGAGCAUCUGAAUCUGAUCACUCUGAAUACAAAGGCGGAAAUAGCUCAGGCUCCGACUAUGAAGUCAAACCAGUGCUCAACAAACGCAAGGCGAAGGCCGCCCCGAAGACGCGGACCAAGAAGGUCAAGGUUGCUUUAGAAGACGAAUCGCAGCCUCGUACCCUCUCUGUGCAGCACUCUUCCUCUAUGCACAAGAUAGACGACCCCGCGCCCAUGCGUGCGGCACUUCUGGCCUGGUACGAUGGCGUCAGCACCUCCCGCGGUAUGCCCUGGAGAAAGCCCUUCAGACCAGAAGCUACACGCGACGAGCGAGCGCAACGUGCGUACGAGGUAUGGGUGUCCGAAAUCAUGCUUCAGCAGACGCAAGUUAGCACCGUCAUUGCGUAUUACAAUAGGUGGAUGGAAAAGUUUCCCACUCUCGCCGACUUGGCGAACGCAAAUAUCGACGAUGUCAAUGCCCUAUGGAAAGGCUUGGGAUACUAUUCGAGGGCCAAACGCCUGCUUGAGGGCGCUCAGAAAGCCGUCAAAGAUUACGGCGGUCAGCUGCCUGACAAUGCGAAGGAAAUGCAAGCCAAUAUACCUGGUAUCGGUCGUUAUAGCGCGGGUGCAAUUUGCUCUAUCGCGUAUGGUGAACGCGUCCCCGUGCUAGAUGGGAAUGUGCACCGCCUGAUGAGCCGCGUCCUGGCGCUUCAUGCGAACCCCAAAGCCAAAGCGACAUUGGACUUACUAUGGACAGCUGCGGAAGCGAUGGUAGUGACCCCGGAGCCGGCCAUCGAUACCGUUGGUCCCAUGCAGCACGCCGGCGAUAUCAACCAGGCGUUGAUAGAGCUGGGAAGUACCGUAUGCAAGGUCAAGGACCCCAACUGCGCGAGCUGUCCCAUCUCGUCAUGGUGUAAGGCGUACACGCGGGCCAAUCAUCAGGAAAACAACAUUCAGGAUAUAGAGGAUCUAUGUCAAUUAUGCGAACCGCUUCCAGACGACACGAGUGUCACGGUUUACCCCAUGCGUUUAGAACGCAAGAAGGCGCGAGAGGAAGUCGACGCCGUCAACGUCAUUGAGUGGCGGGGACAUGAUCCGGACCAAAGGUUUAUCAUGCUUGUUCGCCGACCUGAAAAUGGCCUCCUCGCCGGUCUCUACGAAUUUCCGACCAUCGAGAACGUCUCCGAGGGCACUUGCGCCGAAGGCCAUACACAGAAGCUUCUCCACACAUACCUCAAGGAUGGCGUGCUGCCUGUGGAAUCUGGUGAAGGCUCUGAUGAUCAACUUCGAGUUGUCUCCUCGCGCCCCAAGGGCGACGUCCUCCACAUCUUUUCUCACGUCAGAAAGACCUAUCGCGUUAUGCAUGUCGUUAUACAGGGUGGCGCUUCCCCGCCUGUUCUCGCCGCGCGCGCGUCCCAGGACCGACCCAGCGCGACGCCGAAGCCAGUCAAGAAAGGGAAGGCCAAAGGCAAGGCGAAGGGUGCCACCGCCUUGAGCGCGUCGGCGCCUGCGGACGGCCCGUCGGCCGUGUGGACAGAAAUCGCGAAGGUUUCUGAUGCGAACAUCGGGACAGGCGUGGGGAAAAUCUGGAGUCUGAUCUGGUCAGGCUGAAUGGCGCGGCUCCGAGCGCUGCAAGCAUCGAACCGGUCAUUCUCAGGCGCGGCGUUGGGGUAAUCUCGGGACGUCGCUGUUGGUGUGCCUAGCGGGAUGAGCGUGAGAGCUCGCAUGUCUUCCCUUGCCUCAGUUGACCGCUUCCAUGGCCUUGAAAUGACAUUUUCGUUCACCCCC